UGUUUUCAUAUUUUCGGAGACAAACAAUUCUUUGUGUUGAGGAUUUUAUUUUUAUUUUCGAGUUGAGAUGUCUUACUUUUACGGCGGUGGCGGUGGCGGAGGACAAAGACAACCGAGACUGAAUUAUCAGCCUAAUCUAGAUUUUAACUUACUGGCCACGGUACGCGAUGAAAUGCUUCGCAAGGAAGAGGAAUACAGAAAGGAACAACAGAGAAUCGAAGCUGAAAAGAAAAAGUUAACCAGCUAUCUGACGCAGUUACAAGCCAUGGUUCGAGAUUUACCUGGGUGAGAACUUUUCUCAUAUGCAUGUAAGAAACCUGUUAGGCCUGAGUAUUAACAGUAUUUGAGGGAAAGUUGAAAUUAAUAAACAUUUACAGUAAAAACAUAUAUAGCAGCCAUGACAUGUUACAAAUUUAGAAUUUAUUGUCGGUAAAGAUAGUUGAAUUGCAUGGCAAUGCAGCCUAUUAAAUAUGGAGAAAGCAUGAUAAUUUAUCAACACACUGGUUUAAACAAUAGUGGAAACCAUAUAAACUUUAUGCAUAUAUUUUGAAUUGAAUUUACUGUGCGACUACUGUAUAGACAGGGCCACAGACAAAGUUGACCAUUCAGAUUGCAGAAAAGUAACAAUUCAUGUCUGAGAAAGUUUGGUGUCACUCAUACUCGAAAAAAUAAAAAAAACAUGGAUCAAAAGCAACCAAUAUUACAACCUACAGACAUGAUCUUUUGAACCGCUGAAGAAAGUCGGUUUCGUGAGAAGUCCGUUAGAGUGAAUGACGGAGGCAAAAAAACAUAAGGCUUGAUGCAUGCUACUGGUGUACACGAGCGUGACACCGUGCCUUAUGCACGAUUCGCGCUCAAGAAAAGGCACGGUUUUUGUGCCAAAGCAUGGGAAAAAAACAUGCCAAGGCACAGAUUAGGCACACUUUAGGCACAGUCAAGGCACGUUUUAAAUAUUGCUAAGGCACAUUUUAGGCACAGUUUGGGCACAGUUUAGGCAUGGUUUAGGCACGGUUUAGGCACGGUUUAGGCACAAAUAUUCAACGCGGCAAGGCACUUUUUUGAAAAUCUUUGUAACCCGACUUGCAAGAAAGAACAAACUUGGUACGAAUUACAAAAAUAAUUCAGAUCAAACACGAUACAGUUAGAAGUAUAGGAAGGGUAAGUUUUGAGCCGCGCCGAAAGUCUGGAAAAUUAAAGUAUUCUUCGACAGUCCGUGUUUACUCCGAGGAUAAAGUGGAAAUUCACACGCGAUAUAUGCCGGUCUGAACCUUUCGAUUGCCAUGCAAUUUUAUAGACUCGCUUUCUUUCGUUUCUAAAAGAAAUCGUGAAAGAAAGUCGAAGCCAUAAUAACAAAAACAAAGCUAAAGAAGUAAGGCACAAAAAUAGCCAAUAAAAGUCGUAGAAAAUACUUUUUGCGAUCGCGAUAAAAUUGGCCUGAAUUUGCAUAACAACAUGAAAAGUACAAAGUGGUAAUUUGAAACCUUCAUGCAAACGCGUGUUGUUUUUUAAAUACAAAAUGUGGCUGCUUUUUAAAAAUAUUUCUCUAACUAAAAAAGUAGGAUUUACACUUAGUAGUAAAAUAAUUCAAGCUGCUUGUUUGUUUUUGUUUUCUGGCUCUGUUAGCAAAUUAAACUUUGAUCGUAUAAUAAUCGAUGAGACGUGCCAUUUAUUUCAAAAGUCAUCGGCGUGCAAUCAAUUUUUUCGUUUUCAUUUUAUAAGUCAUAUCACAAGUAAAUUCUUUUUUUGAAUGCAAAUCUGCCCCUCCUAUUUCGUUCCAACUAAACGCUCCGUUAAGAAGGGGAGAAGAAACCUGCUUGGACAUUUUUUAACAUGGAUGAAAUUAGCAUAUCAACAAUGUAAUUGAACUGAGCACUUACUUUAAAUACGCUAACCUGUUUAAGAUUCCAUUUUCCUGUUUGUCGGGGCUUUCCCUGCUGUCUCUAACUGUAUUCUGAGUCAUGUUAUUUCUUAUUAGCGGAUAAAAAGGUCGUCAGACCGUGUUUCUAGACUUCGUAAACCUCAAAACGGACAUAAUUGCCAUGCGCCCUUUUCGUUCGCUGUGUAGCUCAAUAGGCUGGACACGAUUUUCCGAGUGACUCAAUAUUUUGGCACAACUUGUGCACAGAUUAGGCACAAUUUGGGCACAACUUAGGCACGGCUUAGGCACGUUUUUCAAAACUAAAAUGCAAACUUUAUGCACAUCUUAGGCACAUUUUAGGCACAAAAUCUUUAUGCCAAAGCACACUCUAGAAUCCGAUUUUCAGUCCAACGCAUGGUUUACGAAUUUUUCACGUUAAAAAAUGCUGUCUAACCUUACAUAUUUGAUCUUAGCAUAAAAAUGGGUUUCCCGAAGUCUUAGCAGUUAGUCUAUAAGGAAGGUUUAACUUGUGAGCAUUCCAAAAAUUAUUAUUUCUUCUCUUAACAACAACAGAGAGUCAAUGAAAAGCAAUCUUUUAAAUUGACGUUUGCGCUGCACAGAGAUCGUAUGUAGACAGAACAUCUUUCUGAAAACGCCCUAAACUUUGUUGUUUUGCCAUUAUGUUCAGUAAUUUUUAAUACAGUUAGUACUCAUAAGUCACUGACCUCUUCGGAGAAAUUUUUCCAAAGUACCAUUAACAGAAACAGAGAAAUCCCACAAUAUGCUUGGUUAGACUGUAAAUGUUAUGCGAGCUGUUAAAAAUGGUCCCAUUUUGAGCCAUAUUUUUCAUAUUUCAAUUUUAUUUUGGUCUUACAGCCAGGAAAAAAAUAUUCAAUGAAAAGCUGUUUAUAAACUUUAACUUCUUGCCAAAUAUCGAUGCGAUCUGAGUUUUAAUAAGUUCAUAAGAGCCAAACGAUGUGAGAUUCUUAGCUGUGUACACCAGUAGCGUGCGCCAGGCCAUAAACAUUAGUUACAUUUUUGACUUGCAACACAAUAACAUUAUUUUCAAAAAUAAUUCUGCUGUUCUUGAUUUCCAGAGUUUCACCGUAAAUCUUUGUACCAUUGAUAUGUGCACUUUCAGCAGUUUAAAAUUUAUAGUCAUUUAGGAAACUAAAUAAUUUCUAUGUAUUAUAUAUGACUGCUCAUUCUUUAUUAACAGAACAUAUAAAAAGAAAUUUACUUAUGAUGUGCUCUCUGGAAUUGCCACCUGUCUCCUUGAUGGUACAGUCUUUGAGAUUGUGAAGGGACUUGAAGACAUACAACAACUGUCUGAGAGAAAUUUGCUCAACAAAAGGAUGAAAUUAGUUAACUCCCAAAAAGGUACUACUUCUAUGAAUUAAUAUAUUUUAUUCUUAAGAAUUAAAAGUUUCGUUUCUUUUGCAUCCAGAUAAAAACUAGUGUAAAUGCUUGAAGUAACAUCCUGCUUCAACCUCAACUUUAACAUAACAGAAAUUAUGGUCACCGCUUGAAAUAAAGACAAGUUCACAUAAUUUAUUGAGGACAGAAUUGGAAGAACAAAAUAUGCACCCCUGCCUCUACGAGUUGGUUCCCUGAGCGCUAAUUCAAUUAUUCAACCAUGACUGUUCAUUCCAUGUAUAUAUAUGUUAUGGGUUAAAAUUGAAUUCAGGUUAAAAUUUUUAAACCAUGCAUUCUUAAUUCUCUUUGUCUAAACCCUAAUUAUUCAUGAAUUAGGGCUUGAGAGACAAAGGGAAUUGUUGGGAUUCAGUCUAGAUUAUAAAAAAUUUAACCUGAAUUUAAUUUUGAGCUAUAACAUUAUAUACUUUCAGGUUUCUAUGUUCUAACUAUUGCCUUGUAAGUCUUCUCUGUUAUGACAUUCACUAAUUGCACAAAAUGGACCAAUUUCGAUAUAUUACAAUUCAUACUUUGCUCUGAGGCGUAAGGGAAUGAAACAAAGGAAUCAAUCUUGAGGUUCAGCCGUGAACAUUUUUUAAUCCCAGUUUUGUUCCCCUAAGCACCGUAGUGAGGGAUGAAUUUAAAUAUAUCAAAAUUGUUCUUUUGUCCUAUUAUUAAUUUUUCAGCUCAGCGAAUGGAAUUAUCCAAGAAACAGAGGGAUGCCAUUCAAAGCUGUGAACAACGGCCUCAUAACCUUCCCCUUGUUGAGGCUUCCAAUGCUCAGGAAAAGAAGGUAUUGGAGCUGGCCCCUUGCAUGUAAUAAACAAUUUACUUAUCUGUUAAAAAUAACUUAUUAAUAAGUAAAUUGUCAGAUAACAGUAAAUGUAAUAUUUUCUAGCAUUCAACCUUGAGGAUGGGGUGUACUUGUGAAGUGCUCACUGCUGUGCUACAGUUGAUUUUGAAGUAAUGCGUGUCAUAUAGUAAUUGUUUUUUUUUUGUUUGUAUGUUGUGUCAGUCUGACAGUAUGAAAAAAACUGAUGGUUGAUCCUACAAAUUAUGUGUUAUGACAAACAAAAAAUACAAUAAGACCAAUUUUCUUUUCUUAAUAAAUUGCGCUUUACUGGAUUUCAAAUUUCUCACAUCAAUUGCCUCUGAUUACUGUAAGUAAGGUACUGCCUGGUCCCAAGUCACUCACAAUCACUUUUUUGGGAUAUUUGAGUUAAUUAUUAAGGAAAGCCUGGAGUGAUUUUGUUUCAAUUAGUUAUGGUGAGUCCUGGGAUUCAUCUUGUAAAAAGUCAUGAGUCCCUGUCCAUAACCAAUGAGUUCCAGUAAACUGUUCAAAAAAACAAGGAGUCCGAAAUUGAAAAUGCUUGGGCCUUUAUGUAACCAGACAGUUAAUCUGAAGACAGACAACAAAACUCUCUAUUACAAAUGAAUGUUUAACAGAAAAACCGUCAGGGAUGUGUGACUCUUGUAAUUCAAUAGUUGAUGAGGCAUUAUUUGGUAAAGAAAUCUCAAAAAGGAUGUAUAUACGUCCCAAUUCAAAUGAAACUGAAAUUUAUACUCAGUCCUUUCGGAUGAACAAUGCCUAGUUGAAAAAUCAACCGCAUCUCACGUUGCUGUCAUUGAAUGUUAAUAUGUUAGUACCACUGCAUAAUGCCACACCACACACCUGAACAUACAUGUACUGUGGUCCGUGAGUGUGAAUAUCAAUUUCAGUUUCAUUUGAAUUGGGACGUUAUAUCCUGUGCAUGCUAUUAUGCGUGUGCAUGCCUUGAUCAUUUUUAUGAUGUCUAUGAUAUUUAGUAGUACUGUACAUCGUAUUUGCUAAAUUUAAUAAGCCGCUCAUCAAAUGUGUUUGAAAGAAAUAAGCCCCCGAGGGGUUUAAAAAAGGAUUUACUGUACGUAACCUUCAGGUAAAGUUUAAAGACAUAUACAAUGCACUGAGGCCAACCAUGCUGGAUAGGAUGCUAGUCCACCUUACCAGAUCUGAGUGGCAAGAGACAAUGUGGAGCAAAGUUUCUUGUCUAAGAACAGAAUAGCAAGGCUUGAGCCACAACCUUACACAGAUUAAGGUAUUAGCUCCUUUACCACCGUGCCUCUAUAUUGUCAGUAAAAUCUCUCAAAACAAUUUGUAUUUCCCAAGGAUUUGGAAGAGAAGUUAGAAAAAGAAAUUUCUCAUGUGGAUCAGAAAUUGGUUUUGGAACUGGACCAGUUAGUUAGUGAUCAACAGGCAACUCUCCAAGUAAGUCUCAUUUUUUAUACUACUUUUGUGUCAUGCAAAUAAAAUAAAAUAGACCUUCUUUUGUGUAAAUAUAACCUUAGAUCUUCAGGUAGUAUUUUACUUUCUAUGCAAGCUGUUCGAUCGAAGAUGUUAGGUGAUAGAGCUUUUAUGGUAGCAGCGCCAACGCUCUGCAACUCUCUUCCAAAAGAACUUUGUGCGAUGUAAUGUGAACAGUUUUAAGGCACAUAUUAAGACUUAUCUUUUUAGAACUUUAUAUUGGUGAGCAAUUUUAUCUUCAGUUCUUACUUGCAUGCAUACAUAUUCUUUUUAUUGUUGUUUAUUUAUUUAUUUAUUUAUUUUUAAUGCAUUAUCUGUUGUUUGUUUCUUGUAAAGUAAUAUAGUUGUAAUGCGCAGCUGAUCAUUCUCAUGUUAAGCUGAGUGGACAAUAAGUUCAUAAAUUAUUAUUAUUAUUAUCAUUAUUAUUAAAUGAAAAUUCAGAAAUCUCUGCUACAUAGCUCUCUGUUGGUGAUGUCCCACUACGUUUCUUGCUCCAUAGCGUAGUUUUUUUUUUUUUACCAUGUGACAGUGACCAUAACUGAAAGGGACCCAUUUCAUAACCUAUCUUUUUAAGAGAGAAUUUUGAGUGUUUGUAAUUACAUAAAAAUUACCUGGGAUUAACUGGUGGACAUCAUAGAAAAAUGUUAUGCUAAGACACUAUUGAUUAUCCUCUUACAGAGAGCUGGUGUGCCACUGUUUUCAAUUACAAAUAAUCCAGAUGAUAUCCGAGUUCAAAUGUACAUUCUGGAUUUCAUACAGCGACUGGACCAUUCACCCAGUUAAACAUAAAUGAUGUGAGGAGAGUAGGGACACAAUGAAUAGAGGUUUCAUAGUCACUCAAAAAUACUCUACUGUUGAAAGGCACAUGGGGAUUUCUGAACAUUGGAAUCCUG